AUGAGCAUGGUAAAGGUAAAGGAGGAUUUGGACAUAGUGAAUAGAAGAGCUCUGGAGCAAAUUGAAGAAAAAAAUAUUGAAAUUGAGCGAAAAGAGAAAAGGGUGAGAGAACCGAUAGAAAUGGCCUGGAUCAACACAUGUAAAAGGUUUGAAGAAGUUGGGAUGCCUGACUUCGGGGACAAUGAUCAGAUUAGUGUAGAUGAACACAUUAACAAAUUUCUCGAUUCUCAGCCAAGCUUGUCCAGUAACGAAGCCCAGACCCGUGAAGUGGGUAAUCAAGCUGUUCCUAUAGUCGUUAAUGAUCAAGAGCCAAUGGCAACAUUCCAACUCAAUCCCCUGGCACCUACCUAUGCCAGUAAUGAGCAAGUCCAUCGACAUACUAACAUACAGGAUUCAACGCCCCUCAACCAUGUGAACCAAUCUUCCACUGCCAUUGACAACAACCUCAGAAACCUCAACCUAGUCCAAACCCAGCUGACUACGAUAUCGAAACUCUUAGAAAUCCAGAAUCAAAGUAGAUUACCUUUGCCAGAGCCUGGCAUCUUUUCUGGUGAUCCCCUGCAGUACCCAGUAUGUGCGAAAGCCUUCAAAACACUAAUAGAAAGUCAUGCGAUUAACUCUGUGGAAAAACUGCAUUAUUUGGGAAAAUAUGUUUCUGGCGAUUGCCGAAGUAAUUAUGUUACUCAAUGGUGA